AUGACAGGAACAGACACAGCUUCUAACUCAAUGUCGAGACCUGAGGUACAAAUUCCACAAGGUACUGUUGUAGGCACCACCUUACACGGCGGCUAUCCUCGCGCGGUUGAGGCCUUCAAGGGCGUUCCCUAUGCGUUACCACCAACAGGUGAACGCCGCUUCCGACCACCAGAGAAAGUAGGACCAAGUCGGGAGACUAUAGAUGCUUCAAAUUUCGGCCCAAGAGCUCCAGCACAACAAUUAAUCGUCCUUGGACCAACACUCGAGGAGAGUGAAGACUGCCUUACGGUAAACAUCUUCCGGCAAGCUGAACACAAUGGAUCAAAGGCGCUGCCAGUUGCAGUAUAUUUCCAUGGAGGGGCUUUCAAUCGGGGAAAUGCCGCGAUGCAUGAUACUGCGUCCAUGGUUGGAUGGUCUGAACUUCCGUUCAUUGGAGUGUCAUUCGGCUAUCGCAUAGGAGCCCUAGGCUUUCUACCAUCAAAGCUGAGCGCUGCAGAAGGUGCACUAAACUUAGGUUUGAAGGACCAGAUCUGUCUGUUAGAUUGGGUUGAAGAGAACAUUGAGCACUUCGGGGGUGACAAGAACAACGUAACACUCAUAGGACUUUCAGCCGGUGCACAUUCGAUAGGCCAUCAUCUUUUGAACUAUGAGGAGGGCUUAAAGCCCAGGUUUCAUCGUGUUAUUAUAGAAUCUGGCGCUCCCACUUCACGAGCAGUUCGCAAUCCAGACGCGGACAUCCACGAAAUGCAGUUUCAUGACUUUCUAAAGGAGGUUGAAUGUCCGAACUCCCUGGCCGAUUCAGGAAUCUUCAGUUACCUCCGCAAAAUUCCGACCUCCGUGAUCGCCAAAGCUCAAACCAAGGUGUUCCAAAAGUACAACCCCAGUCUACGUUGGGCGUUCCAACCAGUGAUUGACAACGAGAUCAUUCGCCGCCGUCCAAUCGAUGCCUGGCGCACAGGUAAAUGGCACAAAUUGCCAAUCAUGACCGGCUUUCAAGGCAACGAAGGUUCACUGUAUGUGAAUAAGAAGAUGUCGACCCCCUCAGAAUUCCUGGAUUUCUGGAGAACCUUGCUGCCGCAGAUGAGCGAGGAGGAUAUUCAGACGAUAGAUCGCUUGUAUCCUGACCCGACCGCGGUGCCGGACUCUACUUACAAAGAAACGCGACUUGAGCACGGUGUCGGACCCAUGUACAAGCGUAUCGAGGCCGCCUACGCACAUUAUGCAUACGUAGCUCCAGUCCGCCAAACGGUGUUCUUCGCCAGCCAGGACACGCCCGUAUAUCUGUAUCACUGGGCGAUGAGGCGAGAUGUCGUCAAUGGAGCUCGUCAUGCAGACAACAUGUUCUAUGAAGUCAGGGAUCCUUCAUUCAUUGCGCAGUCCAAGAGCCAAGAUGAGUUGUCGGGUAUCCUACAUGCAUACAUCACUAGCUUCAUUUGCACCGGCACUCCGAAUGCGCUUGGCGGCUCGUAUGCCAAAAGAACAGAGUGGAAAAGCUACGAUAGAGCCGAUCCAAAGGUGAUGAUAUUUGGAAGAGAUAAUACGGAGUUGGUUGGUGAACAGAUAAUUGGCGAGCCAGCAAUCAUGGUUGACGACAUUUACGCGAAAGAGGAAAGCGAUUUCUGGUGGUCUAAGGUUGAGCUGUCUCAGCAGUAG